AAGAGCAGAAGCCCCCCGGGGGACCGUGUCCUGACAUCCAGGGAGAAGUGAGGCCUGAGACGAGGACGUGGAGCUUGUUUAAGGGGGUGAUGGCGGUGGUUCUUGUGUGUUCUGUACAGCCGGAGCAAAUUGCUUCCACAGUGAGCAGUGCCCCCCAGCGGCCGGAGGGCGAAGCUGUCAUGCAGCACUGCAGUAAAGGGAAGCGCGCGUCCGCGGUGCAGGUUGUGAUGUCCGCCAACACCCCACAGCAGGUGCAGGAUGAAGGAGAAGGAAGACACAUGAGAUACGAAUGAGGGGCUGCAGGAUGUCUUUUAAGAAGGACACGCCGCUGUCCAAUGCUGUGUUCUGGGCGGCCCACAGGGGGAACCUGGCCCUGCUCCAGCUGCUGCUCAACAGUGGACGUGUGGACGCAGACUGCAAAGACAAAUGUGGAACCACAGCAUUGAUGGUGGCGUCCUACAGCGGCCAUAGAGAGUGUGUGAAAGGACUCAUCAUGCAAGGAGCUGACAUCAACUACCAGAGAGAAACCGGUUCCACCGCUCUGUUCUUCGCCUCCCAGCAGGGUCACGACGACAUUGUCAAGCUCCUCUUUGAGUUCGGGGCCUCCACUGAAUUCCGGACAAAGGAAGGAGGCACCGCUCUGACCGCCGCCUCUCAGCACGGCCACGCCAAAGUGGUGGAGACGCUGCUGAAGAACGGCGCCAACGUUCACGACGAGCUGAAUGACGGCGCCACUCCCCUGUUCCUCGCGGCCCAAGGGGGUCACGUGACCGUAAUCCGCCACCUGCUGGCGUCAGGUGCCAAGACAAACCAUCCGAGAGAAGACGGCACCGCUCCCUUGUGGAUGGCGGCCCAGAUGGGACACAGCGACGCGGCGAGGGUGCUCCUCUUGCGUGGUGCAGACAGGGACGCCUACAGAGAAGAUGGCUCCACGGCGUUAUUUAAAGCGGCUCUGAAGGGACACACCGGCGUCAUCGAGGAGCUUCUCAAGUUUUCUCCUUCCCUCGGCCUCCUCAAGAAUGGCUCCACAGCUCUCCAUGCCGCUGCCCUGGGCGGGAAUCUUCAAAGCGUGCAGCUUCUGCUCCGCGCCAACGCCGACCCCACGCUCGCUAACAAGAAUAACGAACUCCCGGCCGACGUGGCCCAGAGCCAACGCGUCCUGAGAGUUCUGCGCAAACCGAAAACCUUAAAGGUGACGACGGAAGACAACCGUGGCUCCUGCCUGCACGUCUGCCUGCACUGAAACACUCAUUUCAAUGGUGUGUCCUUUUGAUUCAUGCCCAGCUGUUAGUGCGUGGUCAUUUAUACGCAGACUGUAGAUGAGUUAUUGAUUUGAGCUUAAUAAAGACGACAUAUCCAAUGACGAAAGAACAGGUUACAAAGCUGGUUGAAACAAACAAAAGAGUCUUGUUCCGCAGAAAUUACACCACAUUCCCCCCUUUCGGGGUGUUCACAUCACAACGAAAUUAAGAUGGUUUCUUCCGCGAUAAGGAGAAAUUUGUUCCACACCUUAUGGUCCCGUUUAUACUGCACACCAAAUCAGAUUUUUUUGGCACUCAAGUGACACAAAUUAAAAAAAAUGUUGCCAGUCUAAACUAGGGUUGUCUUGAUACCAAUAUUUUAGUACCGGUACCAAAAUGUAUUUCGAUACUUUUCGGUACUUUUCUAAAUAAGGCGGACCACAAAAAAAUUGCAUUAUUGGCUUUAUUUUAACAAAAAAUCUUACGGUACAUUAAACAUAUGUUUCUUAUUGCAAUUGAAGAACACGUUUGUCCUUAAAUUACAUACAAGACAACUUGUCUUUCAGUAGUAAGUAAACAAACAAAGGCUCCCAAUUAGUCUGCUGACGUAUGUGUCAGGACUUGAUUCUUGGGUUGUGUUCCUCCGGAAGGCAAAGGAAAAUUGGCGCGUGCAAGACGUGAAUUUAAAUACAUGAUUUAAUUUUAACAAAUAAAAAAAGGAAUAAACAAAAGGCGCUCACAGUGGAGGUAAAAAACUUGACUAGGAAAACAAAAGGCGCGCACAAAGGCGGAAAUACAAAACUUGGUAAUAAACACAAAACUUGCAUAAAUGCAGAAACUAUGAACAAUUAAACAAAAACACUCACUGUGGCAUAAAUUAACAAAACUUACUUGGCAAAGAACUAUGACAUGAAGCAGAGUGCUGAAAUAGUGUGAGGACGCCAGGACGAACAACAGAAACAGACAGAUUUAAAUAGUGACGUGAUCAGUGAAAACAGGUGCGUGACUCGAAACAGGUGCGUGACAAGACAGGUGAAAACUAAUGGGUGACCAUGGAAACCAAACCAAACAAGGAAGUGCAACCAGGAACUAAAAAAAGAGCCCAAAACCCAAGCAAAACAAAAACAUGAUUAACACAGACAUGACAGUAUGCAGUAACAUAUUGUGUCAUUUAUCAUUCUUUUUUAUCAAAAUUAUGAGGGACAAGCUGUAAAAAUUGAUUAUUAAUCCACUUGUUCAUUUACUGUUAAUAUCUGUUUGUUUCCGUUUCAACAUGUUCUAUCUACACUUCUGUUAAAAUGUAAUAAUCACUUAUUCUUCUGUUGUUUGGAUGCUUUACAUUAGUUUUGGAUGAUACCACAAAUGUAGGUAUUGAUCCGAUACCGAGUCGUUACAGGAUC